AAAACACUUUAAGGUCGUAUUCUUAUAUUUAAUAUGGCACACAUGUAAAUGUUAUGCAUGCAUAAUGUGUAUAAAAAUAAAUAAAUGAACGUGCUGCGUUUGAUAUAAUUGUUUGGCCUAGUGAGCCGAAAUGUAAAUAAAUGCCUGUGGUUGAUUGAUUUGAUUGAUGACCCGGUGAUUUUCUGGAAAAGCUGUAGUGUGGUGUGCUUGUUGUUUUUAUACUAUAAAUAACUAUUAACUAUAGCCAGCCAGCGUUAAAAUACAAAAGACCCUGGAACAAACACCGGUGCUUCUGCUUCCCCGGGUAGAGCACCUAUAUACCUAUAAUAAACAUCAGUUGUUCUACAUCCAUUCACUGGUUCUAUUUUUAUCUGUAAUCAAUCCAGUUGCAUCUUUAAAGUGUUGGUAUGCAUGGGAGACAUCUUUUUUCAAAGUUGAGAUGGAAGUGCAGUUGUGGCAGAGUGCUGCUGAGAUCAAAUCAUUCCUCUGCGAAACAUGACGAAACCACUUUAAGCAAAACCAGUUAUUGUGAAGUUUCUAAAGUUUCUAAAUCAAGAACAAAUUCUCCUAUUCUAAAAAAUCUGUUUGUUGGUCACCUGGAUACUAAUGUCUUGAUUUUCCCAGAAGCUUUGACAAAACGUGAAUUGGAAACAUUCAAUAGUAAAGUGAUUGUUCCUAUUGAAAAAUCAUUAGAAGCUUUAGAUAAAGAAAAUGGUAAAGUGAAUGAUUUUCUUGAUGCUGUAAAACAAUUUGGUUUAUUUGGCCAGAAUGUUGAAGAAUCUCAUGGUGGCAGAAACUUUAGUUCUACUGAAAUGUUAAGAUUAUCUGAAUUAUUUGCUCUUAAUGAACCGAUAAGCAACAUUCUGUUCAACCACAACAGUCUCGGCAUGAAAUGCUUAUCUUUGUUUGGAACGGAUGCACAAAAGCAGAACUACCUACCGAAAUUAACUUCUGGUGAAGGAGGCAUUGCUUUCUGUGUUUCAGAGUUAAACUGUGGCAGCGACCUGUCAAUGGUUGAUUCCACGGCCAACCUAUCAGAAGAUGGCAGUCACUACCUGAUCAAUGGACAGAAGACUUGGGUGCAGAAUGCAACCAAUGCUGAUGUCUUCAUUGUUUUUGCUAAAACUAAUGUAUCAGCAAAGCAGGAUAAAGUUGAAGAAAAAGUUACGGUUUUUCUGGUGGAGAGAGAAGGAGUAAAAGUGAGUGAGCCCUAUCAAACCAUCGGUCUCAAAGAUGUUUCCGUUCAUACAAUUACAUUGGAAGACACCAAAGUUCCAGCUGAUAAUGUUUUAGGAGAAGUUGGAGCCGGAUUUCAAAUAGCAAUCCAAAUACUCUACGGAGAUCUUUUCAUGAAAGGAUCGGUGUAUGCAAACAUUUUGAAGGGUUUAUCAGGGCAAGUGGCAAGCCACUGCAUCAAAAGAAAACAGUUCGGAAAAGCAUUGAAAGAAUUUGGUUUGAUACAAGAGAAGGUAGGCAAGAUGACGUGUGAUACGUACGCAAUGGAAAGCAUGAGUUACAUGACUGCUGGCAUUUUGGAUCAUUACUUGUCACCCGACGUUCUCUGUGAAUCCGCUGCUGUCAAGAUAUUCAGUAGUGAAAAGUUGGCAUCAGGCCUACAAGACAUGCAACAAAUACUUGCUAGUUCAUCCUGUACUUAUGAUAACCCUCUGUCGAUUGCUAGGCACAUUGACAACGCCAGAAUGAACACAAUAGCUAAUUCAACAAAUGAAAUCCUGAGAUUGUACAUAGCUUUAAAUUGUUUGCAACAUGCCGGGUUGCAAAUGCAAGAAACUGUCAGAAAAAUGAGAAGUCCAUUAUAUAAUUUGGGAUUUGUCUUCAAAGAAGGAUGGGACUCAAUGAAGACCAGUGGAAAAAAUCCUGCUUUGACUUUGAAAUUGUAUCAGCAUGUUCACCCUGAUCUAUCGGUGUGUGCUGAGUCACUGGAGGUGAGGGUACUUAAGUUGAAACAUCUGGUCACUAAAUACUGGACAACUUACUUCAAUGAGUUGCAAGAGCAACAGAUGGCUUUAAAAAGGUUCGCUGACAUUGCAAUCCAUGCGUAUGCCGUCAUCUCGUGCCUUGCCAGAGCCACAAGGUCAAAAGCUAUCGGCCUCCAACAUGCUGACCAAGAGAUUAUGAUAGCUAGAAGUGUAGUGCUAAAGUACCUAAAGAAGAUUGAUGAUGAUAUCCAAAAUUUAGAUUUGGGUGAACAUUCGAAUGGGGACACGGAGCUGAAGAAGAUAAGCGAACACGUGAUGAAGAAUGGAAGUUACUACCCUGUUCAUCCACUAACAAGGAACUGGUGAUUACUACGGCUUAAAAUAUUUUAUUUGGUCAUAUGUUAAUUAUAUUGGAUAAAACUGCUUUUUACUGACUAGACAAUUAUUCGUAUUUUAGGAAAAUAUAGAAUGGCAAACACGGAUUGUCUUGUUUUUUUUGCCACGCUCAUUAAAAUCGUGUUUGUUUCUGAACUGCGAAUCUUGCAAUUAAAUUUUCGAUAACGAAUCUGAAAUUUUGUAUACUUGCUUAUUUCCAAUAACACUAUGUGAAUUGACAAAUUAAAGUUUGUUGUGAUAAUGUAAAUUUUAUUCAAUUUAGCGGCUGCGAAAAUUUUUUUUAUAAAAAUUUACCUCAGAAUU